CUUUCCAUUCCCUUUGUAUUACUUGUCUCUCAUAACAAAACACAUCCUUUUUUACAUCCCCAAAAAACCCUAGCCUCCAAGCAAGAAAAAAUCCCCCCUCUAUUCAAUGGUGUAUUUAGGCAUGAAGAGAGGCAGAGAAGGAGAGCUUGACAGCAUAACCACCAUGGCCAACUGUCUCAUGCUCCUCUCCCGCAGCACUGGAACCAUCUCCGAUUCCACCACCACCUCCCCCAGCCGCGUCUUCGAGUGCAAGACCUGCAGCCGCCAGUUCCCAUCGUUCCAAGCCCUUGGCGGCCAUAGGGCUAGCCACAAGAAGCCGAGGUUGAUGGGAGGAGGAGACAUGAAUAUAAUUACCCAGAGCUCGCCGCCUAAGCCCAAAACCCACGAAUGCUCGAUAUGCGGCCUAGAGUUUGCCAUAGGGCAGGCCUUGGGAGGCCACAUGAGGCGGCACAGGGCUGCUGCCGCCACCACCGCCUUGAGCGAAAGCCAUUCUACCGAGCUGUCUUUAUCUUCAUCACAGUCACAACAACAACUACCAGUUGUGAAGAAAUCAAGUACUAACAGAGUUGUGUGUUUGGAUUUGAACUUGACGCCUUUGGAAAAUGGUUUAGAAUUUGUUCCUUUCAUUCAUUGUUAUUUAUGAUAGCAACCACAGAGAUAUUGAGGCUCAAACUUUAUUUUUAAAAUUUUUGGAUCUUGUGUUUAGAUUUAGAUUAGGUUUAUUUGUUUGUUUCUUUAUAGGAAAUAAGGAUCUCAAUGGCAGAUUGAGCGUUGCUUUUGUUUGGUUUUUAUACUUGUAAAAUACUAUACAUGCAAUAUUAUACACAAGAGAGAUGAUUUAUUACAUUAUGAUUCAUUGUUAUUUA